AUGAUGAGUGAAAACAACAUGGAAGAGACGAAGAUACAGGUAGAGAACAGAAUACCUGACCAACAUCUAUCUUUGGAUGAGGAUCCUCCCAGCAGCUGCAGAAAGGUCCGAAUGAGAUUCAGACCCAAACUCCAGUCAACCAAAAGUUUCCCUCCUUACAGCCAGUGUAUAGGUGGCCUUGGAGAGGAUGAGGACAGUGGGUCUGAUUCUGAGUCAAAACUUGCUCACCAGCCUUCAGACUCCACAAUAAAUAUGGAUGGUAGUCAGGCAGUUGAAAGCAUUGAGAGAAAAGAGGAAUUUGAGUCACACAGAAAAUGUGCAAUGGAAGAAGUGAAGGCAAAAUGGAGGACAAGGCGGCGGGAGAGGUUAGGGGGCAGUUUUGAUACCGAAAGGUUGGAAAGUGCGAAGUGGAGCAUCAAAAAAAGAGUGGACGAGCCUGAAGAGGAGAAAAAUUUUGACAAUGAUAAAAUGGAAGGAGAAGAGUGGAAACGUUGUGUAGGUGGAAAGAGAGACAAAGAGGAUGAGGUGAGAAAGAGGCCUUCUCUUUUAGCAGUACAGAGAGAAGAUGAGGAGGGGAGCAGGGAGACCCCUGAAGCUGAGGAGAUGCCUGGGAUUACAGAGGGCUCUUCUCCACAACAGUGGACCUCCCCUCAUCCAAUUCUCUCCAAGCUUUUGCACUCCUCCUCCUCCUCCUCAUGCUCCUCCAUCAGCCUCUCCACUGAGGAAAGUGAUGACGUCUUCAGCGAAGGAGAGGAUGCAAUCUCAAAGAGGAAGACAUUGAGGAAGGUGAGAUGAAACCAAUUUUGAUGUUCAUCCAAACUAUGCAUUUACAGCACCCCUGUUUAUGUGACUACUCUGGUGUAACAGGGAGGCUCCAAACUAGAUUUCUGAACUGAUCUGUGUGCCUGCGGUUUGGGUGAUUUGCAUUAGAUUGAAAGAGGACUUUGACAAGGUUGGAUUUGAAUAGAGUUUGCAUUCUUGGUGCUGCUGCCAACAUAGAUAUGAGAGCAGAGACGAGCAGACAGUGAAGGGAGGAUUAGGCAGUUAUUCCAAUAGAGAACAGUCCAUCUUUAUGAUCAACAUUAGGGAUGCAAAAAUUUGCGAGUCUAACGUUUCUUAAGCUCAAACUUGUGCUUUAGUGACAAUAACUCUACUGAGCUAAGUCUGUGUUAGCCUCUCAUAAUUUGUCUUAGGUGGUGGCUGUUUCAGGUACAGCUGCACACGAAAUGCACUGACGCUCAGCAGGCUUGAGAUGUUAGUUUCAGUAUAAACCCCCUUAAAUAAGUUUGAGGCUUUUUCAGGGGGGACAUUCUGACUUGUCACACUAGGAGAAACGCACACCAUUUACUAAAAAUGUCUCCUAAUUUUGUGUUUAAUUCUGCUUUGAAGAAGUCUCAUUUGUGACUGGGCUAUGGUUUCAUAAACAAAGCAAACAUAAGGCGUCCUAGAAGUCAGAACCUUGAGUUUCCCGGUCUCCUACAUAAGGAGGGAUGUUGAACUUGCAUCUUUAAUCCAUGUGAAGUGUAAAAGGUUACCAAAAUCCAAGCAGAGUAGUCCCUAUUCAACCCUACAUGCAGGCUGGUGCCUUUCCUCUCACAAGCAUGUAGAUAUUCAGGUUUAGUGAGACCUAAUUCUUGAGUACUGUUUUUUGAUCUCUGUUUUUGUAAAGACUUGUCAUGUAAGUCGUGUAUGAUUGCUCCUCUUUUGUUCCUCAGUGCCGCUCCUGGAAAACAUACCUAACUAUGAUGCACUGGUCCCUGCGGCGGCAGAGCUCCUGGGUUCAGCUGGCUGGACAUCAAGGCAUGUGUGUGCCAUCUUUCAAAAUAAGACAAAUACAGGCACUCAAGAGAUUACUGUCAUCACAGAAACAUCUCAACACUUCAAAUCUUUCUCUUUAAUCAUUUGCUAACUGGACACAGAUCAUGGUCCCAUAUGUGAACACCUUUGCUGGCUUAUGUUAUAGAGCUUGAUCUUAUAAAGUUCGUUAUAGUAUUUCAGUCCUAGAGUUCAGACUUUUAAUAAACUGGGCAAGACUUUGAUUUGAAGGUAAAUUCAGUCUGGAAAGGUUUGGUUUUAUAAAACACAAAAACGAUUAAUGACCUUGCUGUUGUCAGCAGGUAACUUUCAGCUGGGCGACAGUGGAGAGAUCUUGAAGCUGUACAGUGGGGUAGAGGAGAGAUGUCUUGAAAACCUGAUGAAGGACUCACUGAGAGCCUUCGUCCCCCGGUAUCACGGCGUGGUCACCAGAGGGGAGGACUGUUAUAUUCGCUUAGAUGACCUGCUAAGCGGCCUGAAGAGACCUGUCAUUAUGGACUGCAAGAUGGGAGUCAGGUGGGUGAGAGAGAAGUGUUAAUACCAAGGGUGAGCUAUAUUUGGACUGAAAUACUCUGAUAAACUAAUUAUUGAUCUUUUCACUUUUAUUCCUCAGACCAUAUUCUAUUUUUGUAAGAAUCAAAGGACAUCUCUCAAUAUUUUUAUGAUAUUGCUUUUGUGUAUUUACAAAAAUUCAAAUCUUUUUUCUCCUAAAUGCAACACUUUUAUUUAUAGCUCUUCUCUGGGUCACAUGGAUUUCAAUAGCUCUUGAUUUUAAAGUCCUGAUUGAAAUAAGGAAUAUGUAAAGUAUUGUAUUAGUAAUUUAUUGAACAGCCAAAUCUCAAUAAGGCUUCCCUUUUCUCUAAUUAUUACUUUAAGAUAUGUUCAUUUUUGAUACUUGCUGGUUAAUUCUAAUGUAGCUUUAACUAUUUAAAGUGUUUGAGUGACUUGUAACUGUAAGUUUCUUUGUACAUCGUAAGAGUUUCUAUCUUAGAACUUUUCAGGAAGAAGAACUUCUCAAAGCUCGAACCAGGGCCUCCCUACGGACUGACAUGUAUCAGAAGAUGGUGAAAAUGGACCCUUCGGCUCCAUCUGCAGAGGAACACGCACAGAAAGCAGUGACAAAGCUGCGGUACCUUCAGUGGAGAGACAUGACCAGCUCCACAUCCACACUGGGUUUCAGGAUAGAAGGCAUUAUGGUGAGAGAAAAGGCGAGGGAAUUUUUCUAACUUUUUGUCCUGGUUGACAAAAAAAAAAAAAAAAUACAUAAGCUGUAUUCAAAGGCUCUUGCCUCUCUCUCUUUGUGAGGCAGAUGGAGGACGGCAAUGUCCAGCGAGACUUCAGGAAGACUCUGACUAUCACUCAGGCCACAGAGGUGUUGCUCUACUUCUCCAGGUGUCACCUGGACAUUCUGGUCAGUUGUCUGCCAAAGGAAAACUAUCUGCCAUAUGAAAACAUGUCACUAAUCAUUAACUGACAAGCACAAGUGUACAUUAAGAUCAGGGAGUCAGUGACUAUGAUGAUUAAAAAUGUCGCUCAAACAGGAUUACAAAAAACAGGAUAAUUCAUUUGUGAGUGACUUCAGUCAAACACAACAGACACACUGACAACUAUAUUUGUCCAUGUGCACACAAAGCUUUAAAAACAGAGGCAUCACCCUUACUAAGUAAAUAUUUAACACAGAAUGGAAUCUAGAAGAUGACACAUGACAAUAAUUGAGUAUGUAAAACCAAACAUUUGAAAAUAAACCCAACUCAAAAAGAAAACUCAAUUAAUUUUUUUCCUGCACAUAUAAUUUUUACCACAGAAACUUUUUUCCUGAAUAUUUUGAGAUAUCAUUCUCACCCUUUUUGUUCGCUUUAAAACCAGAACUUUAGUGCUCUUUCUUUUCAGAAAGCAUACCACUCCAGACUCCUUGCCCUGAGUGAAGCGCUGAAGACUUCACUGUUUUUCAGGACCCAUGAGGUUAGUUCACACAAGAACACAAUAACUUUCUGCUUUACUGUGACUUAAAUGUGAAACUUGGUAGCUACAAGAAAAUGUAACCCGAAAAUCAUUCAUUGAACUAUAAGGAGCUCUGAAAUGUUCUUGCUUAUCCAGUUUAAAUUCAAGUCAAAUUAUCUAUAAUAAAUGCACAUAUUUUUGACUUAAUCAGGUGAUUGGCAGCUCGCUUCUCUUUGUCCAUGACCUCAGUAGCAAGGCCAGCGUGUGGAUGAUUGAUUUUGGGAAGACAACCCCCGUACCUGACUCCAUUGAGCUCUUGCAUGAUGUCCAGUGGGUCGAAGGGAACAGAGAAGAUGGCUACCUCAUUGGCCUGACCUCCCUCAUUGCUUCUCUGGGCCAGGCCAUCACUGUGGCCUCUUGGCAGCAGCAGGACAGCUGUGAAGGAGAAAAAAAUGUUACCUGA